AUGGAAGGUGACCUGCAGAGCCACAGGGAUGGAUGUGCCUCUUGUGAUAUACAUGCUCCAUCACAACCCCCAGAAUACCCAUUCCAGUCAACGGUGGUGGACAUGCUACAGUUGGAGGGCCAUAUGUACAUGGCCUAUGCAGACAGGCUCACCGGGUGGCUGGAAGUCGCACACUUUCCACAUGGUGCAAUGUCAUCAAGAAUCAUAUCAGUGUUGAGACGUACUUCACAAGAGCUAAUCUCGACAGAUGGGGGCACAAACCUCAUUAGCGAAGAGACCAUGUCAUUCUCCAGAAAAUGGGGGGUUAUUGUACGCCUUUCGUCAGCCCAUUACCCCCAGUCCAAUGGAAGGGCUGAAGCAGCAGUCAAGACUGCCAAGAGGAUCAUCAGGUCAAAUAUAGGCAAAGGAGGUAGCCUCGAUUGCAACAAGGCAUCUCUGGCAAUUCUUCAGUACCUCAACACCCCUCCUAAGGGGUUCGACAAGUCCCCAGCACAGCUUGCCAUCGGUAGGCAGCUCAGAGAUGGAGUGCCAACGCCCAGACAGCAUUACAAGGUGGAGAGACACUGGGACGAGAUCAUCCAGAAGAGGGAACUACAAAUGGCAGAGUCCUAA